CUCGCCCCGCAGGAAGACCCUGCCUUGAUCCGCUGGGCCUACGCGAGGACGCAGAACGUGUACCCCACCUUCCGCCCCACGCCCAAGACGUCCUUCCUGGGGGCCGUGUUCGCAAUCGGGCCCAUCCUCUUCUGGAUUUCUGUCUUUAAGGCUGACAGGGAUCGUAAAGAGAAGCUUAUCAAAGAAGGUAAAUACAAGCGGCCACUCAGUCUUUUUUAAGUUCCUGGAAUCAGUGCUGGAAUCGAGCAGUGCUGCUGUUGGGGCAUAAAUAAAAUAAAUAAGAUGUAUUGUACGCUGUCAUUUCUCCUUCCUAAGAAUAAAUCUUAAUUACCCCUU